CCUGCAGCAGCAGUGUAGGUAGGUUAUUUGUACGGCGGCCAUUCUCUCCCACUAUUUCUGCUCUGUUGUUCCAAUUCUCCGGCCUCCCUAUAAAUAUCUCCUACCCCAUCCAUUGUCUUCUCCACUCUGACAAAUUAUAUAUAUCAUUGUAUCAUCAUUAUAAUAUAACAUAACAUAAAAUGGUCAAAUCCAACAAGUUCAGAGGUGUCAGGCAACGCCACUGGGGCUCUUGGGUCUCCGAGAUUCGCCACCCCCUCCUGAAGAGGAGAGUUUGGUUGGGCACAUUUGAGACGGCGGAGGAGGCCGCCAGAGCGUACGACGAGGCGGCCGUUCUCAUGAACGGCCGCAACGCCAAGACCAACUUCCCCGUGGCGGCGGACCACAGCGGCGGCGGUGGCAGUGGUAAGGAUAAUAACAACAACAUUUCUAGUUUGGUCUCUUCUUCUUCUUCUUCGUCGUCGCUGGCGGCAAUCCUGAGCGCGAAGCUCAGGAAGUGCUGCAAGUCGCCGUCGCUGACUUGCCUCAGGCUCGACAUCGAGAACUCGAACAUCGGAGUCUGGCAGAAGCGCGCCGGCGCGUCCUCUGCCAACUCCAGCUGGGUAAUGACUGUGGAGCUCGGGAAGAAGGCCGCCGACCGCGCCCCGCUGCCGGAGCAAGAAACUCCGGUGGAGGUGACUGGCGGCGCCGCCGGGGACCAGAUGGCGGUGAUUAGCGAAGAGGAGAGAAUGGCAUUGCAAAUGAUCGAAGAGCUCCUAAAUUCAAAUUGAUACUAUACUAUACAUACAUACAAUAAUCCCGUUGACCACAUAUAUAUAGUAAUAAAGGUCAAAUUAUUUUAUUAAAAGUUCACAUUAUUAAUCUCAGAAGAUAGCAAUUUUACGUAAUUAUUCUCCCAUUCAAAAAGUGACAUUGUUGCUCCCAGAAUAUCAGUGUCAUUUAUUGGAUAAAGGAGUAUUUAUGUAAAAUCACAUAAUUAAUUUUGAGAGUAAUGAUGUGAAUUUUUCAUUAUUUUAAUUUAAAAUUAGAAAGAAUAAUUAUACGAAGUAGGAGUAUAUAUAUUGGAAAAAAGGUUAUAUAUAUAU